GGUUGCACGCAGAAGUACGUUGUGAAGAACUACUUCUACUACUACUUGUUCAAGUUUUCAGCUGCUUUGGGCGAAGAGAUCUUUUAUAUCACUUUCCUGCCGUUUAUCUACUGGAACUUAGAUCACUCCGUGUCGAGAAGGAUGAUCAUCGUUUGGUCUGCCACCGCCAUCUCCUUCUCCUUCCUCAGCGCCACCGCCGACCAGUACGAGUAUCCAUUUGAACUAGGCCUGGCGGCAGCGUUUGUGGUUUCAACGCUGGUGUGUCUGAGCCGGCUCUACACGGGGAUGCACACGGUCCUGGAUGUGAUCGGCGGGGCGCUGAUCUCGGCGGCGCUGCUCGUGCUCUUGUACCCGGCGUGGGACGCGAUCGAUCACCUGCUGUUAACCAGCCCCUUCUGCCCGCUGAUUUCCAUCGUUGUGCCUCUGCUCUUAUGUUACAACUACCCCAAGCUGGACUACUACAGCCCCACCAGGGGAGACACCACCACUAUCUUAGGGGCAGGAGCCGGAGCGACUGGGGGGUUUUGGUUAAACAACACUAAAAUGCUGGUGGUCAUGCUGGCCAGGUUCUUCGUAGGGAUCCUCGUCAUCCUGCUGACGCGUCAGAUCAUGAAGAGCGCGGUCCUCGGCGCGCUGGGUUAUCGGUACAAGUUCCCCAUUGGCGACCUGGAAGCCCGGAGGCGACUGGAAGUGGAAGUCCCGUAUAAAUUCGUGACGUACUCCUCGGUUGGCUUCAGCGCUACCGUCGUCGUGCCGCUGCU